ACAAAUUAUAAAUAAAAUGAAUCCGAAAGGUUCAAAAAGAGAGAAGAGAGUCAAGGGUAGUAAGAACAAAAGUGCCAAAGAAGCCUUCCUGAAGAAGAUUGAUGCUGCCAUGAAGGUCUAUGAUUACGUUGACGAGACCAAGGACGUCAAGGGGAAGAGUGAGAGGCUCAAUGCCAUCAACGAGCUCCAAAAUCUUCUACAGGACCAAAAAUCUGUGAGCCAAUUGAUCAUCCCAAAUCUGGAUUCUUGUAUGCAGAUGAUUGAAAAGAACAUCUUCAGGUGUCUCCCGAAUAUCAAGAAGAGUAAUCUAGCAUUCUCUGAGACUGGUAUUGAUCAAGAAGAAGAGACUGACCCGGCAUGGCCCCAUGUACAAGGAGUUUAUGAAUUCUUCCUCCAAUUGAUCAUGAACGACUCUAUUGAGGUUAAGCUCCUGAAAGGAUAUGUCACUCCAGAAUUCGUAAGCCGAUUCUUAGAGCUUUUUGAUAGUGAAGAAGCAGUAGAAAGGGAUUACCUCAAAAAUAUCUUACACAAACUCUAUGCCAAACUAGUUCCCAGAAGGAAGAUGAUUAGGAAGGCUAUCAACGAAACAUUUUAUCAGCUUAUACAUGAAGGGCACAAGUUCAACGGAGCUUCUGAGCUGUUAGAUAUCCUAGCUUCUAUCAUUUCUGGGUUUGCAGUCCCAUUGAGAGAGGAGCAUGUGAUUUUCUUCAAUAACAUCAUCAUCCGCCUGCACAAGGUCCAGACUUGUUCUGAGUUCUUUGAGCAGCUGUUGAGAUGCUCAAUGUUGUUCCUUACCAAGGACAAAUCUUUGGCCAUCAGUCUGCUGAAAGGAUUAUUAAAAUAUUGGCCAUUUGCUAACUGUGUCAAGGAAACUCUAUUUCUGACAGAACUGCAAGAAGUCCUUGAAAUCGUUGAUGAUGAUAAGAUUGGGGAUCUCGUAAUCCCACUUUUCAGAAGAAUAGUUAAAUGUAUUGGUGGCACACAUCUACAAGUCGCUGAUCGUGCAAUGUGCUUUUUCGAGAACGAUUACUUUUUGACAAAGUUAAGAAUUUAUAAAGAUGUAACUUUCCCAAUGCUUGUUCCUGUUAUUGUAGAACUCUCAGAAAAUCACUGGCACAAGAUAUUGCAAGAGAGUUUGGUAGCUCUGAAGGUAAUUCUCAAAGAAAUCGACUCAGCUGCAUUUGAUGAAGCUCAACAGAUUUCUAAAUAAAGACCAUAGAAGGUUUAUAGUUAAACCAAAUGUAGAGAAAAGAACUGAGUUAGACGCAAAAUGGGAAAGACUAAAUACUACCUUAAAAUCAACCUCAGCUGGGUUCACUCCUCCAGAUGUCCCAUUCAAGACUUCUGAGUUGAUUUCAAAUUACAAUGGACUGUACAGAAAGAUCUAUGAUAAAGAAAAGUUCAUUAAUGAUUAAGCUGAAGCUUUAUCUAAAUAACUAGCAGAUCAA